AAUGUAAAAAAAAUUUUACUAGUGAAUUUUAUUACGAAAAUUUAUUGUAGUUUAUGUCGCAAAAUUUUAUGGUAUUCGUGCAUAAAUGCAGGAAGCAUCUCAGCCUGAGCCAAAAGAAUGGAAAGGAUUUUUAUCUAGUAUGUUUUCUUCAUUAUUUUGGUUGCAAGAAAAUAGAUUGACGCCAAAGAAUCGUUGCCCCAAAUGUAAUAGACCAAAAGUUCAAACUUCACCGUUUGAAGUACGUUGUAAUUGUUCAGUUUUAGCUUGUAAGGAAUCUUCUGCAACACCAACAAAGCAAUACGAUGAUAGUCAAGAUGAUUCUUCGACUAGUAAAUCAUCAAUAAAUCUUGUUUAUAAAUCAUCGCCAAUUACAUCAAAACUAUCUGCAUUAUGUAAUGAUGAUUCUUUUAUGAAAUUAAUAAUAAAAGAAUCAACAACAAAAUGUUUACCAAUAUUACAUAACACAAAUCAUCAAGAAUCAUCAUUUGAUGAUUUAAACAUACCUACUUGUAAAGAUAGCGUGCAUAUUUGUUGUCAUUUACAUAAUGAUGAAAUGGUUUUAAACACUGUUGAGAAUGAUGAUAAUACUGACGAUAAUGCUAGUACUGACGAUAACGAUGCUGCAAGUAAUAAUGAGGAUGGUAAUGAUGAUGAAAGCACUGAUGAUAGUGACGAUAAAUGUCAAGCAAAUGCUGAAAGUUAUACUCAAACAGAUAUUGUGAAAUCAGGUGAAAGUAGUUGUGAUGAUAGUUCAUCAGAUGAAGAGAAAUCAUCAGCAAUGAAUUUGGUUCUUAAAGAUAAUAGUAAAAAAAUUAUCGAAAUAUUAAGUUCAAAAUCUUCAACUUGUUCAUCAUGUGAACAUGGUGUAGUUGAAGAAUAUGGAAAUAAAAGUCAACAAGAAUUUCCAAAUACACCAUCCAUGAAAUGUUUAUCAUCUGUUGAACAAAUCAAAGAUGAUAUUUUAUUACGAUCAUCAAUUUUAUCAUCAUGUUGUGAUCGUCAUAAUUUUAGUAAUGAAAAUUGUUCAUCACAAACAGAUUCUAUUACAUAUUCUAAUAAUAGUUUGAUACCGCACCCUUGUGGUACACCACCUGAAGAAUCAUCACAGCCAAACAUAACACCACCGUCAACUAGUAAUAGGUCUGCAAUCCUGAAACCAAGUCGUAUACCAAUACAUAAAUCACGAUUGGGUAGUAGAAGAAAUAGCAGUCGUGAUGUCUCCAGUACAGCUACAAAUCUUGUAUCUGGAUCGACAGUUACGAAAACUGUGAAUUAUCAGCAAACAUUGUUCAAUGAAAAUAAAAAUAUACCAAAAAAAUUAAAUCGCGGUGGUGCUGUGUCGACACCACCAUUGACCACUAAUGUUUAUAGAUCAUUCCAUUUACCGUCACAAUCAAAACCAAAAAAAGCAAGUCAAUCAUAUUAUAAUGUAACAUCGGGCAAUACAGGAUGUAAUACGUGUGAUGAAAAAAAUUCAAAAACAAUAAACAUUCAUCAGAAUCGUCAUUCGGACACAAAACGUAGAUCAUCGAUUCCUACCUUCAACCAAAAACAGGCGGAUAAUUCUAAAUUAAUAAAAUCAAUACACCAUCACAAGGAUAAAACCAAUAGCACUAAUGUGCAAACGAAUGUUGAUAAAUCACCAUAUUCAAAAUAUUAUGAUAUUUAUCCAGGUUCACAACAAAAUAAUUUAAAUGAUACAAUGAUUCAUCUCCAGAGGAAACCAAGUAUCUGUAGCAGCCUUCUUUCAACAGACAAUUAUAUGGAUGAUGAAACGAUAUUAAUAAUAGAAACAUUAAUACCAAAAGAUUAUCAUGUACUUCAUCAUACUGACAAGGAGACAAUUAUCAAUAAUCACAAUAUUAAUAAUCAUACUUUUAAUACUAAUAAUAGUCGACAAUCAAAUGAUAAAAUUUCAUUAAGGUCGCAAAAAGUAUCAAGAACAUAUUCUAUUAAAUCGUCAAAACCAUCUACGCCAAUCGAAACGUCAAAAAAAUAA